GAUUACAUUGUCUUGGUACAGUAUUCUUUAGCAGAUGUUCGUGUGUGACCUUAGUGUGUCCUAUCCUCAGACGGUGCAUUUUCACGUUGUCCUCUCUCGAAGCAUCUUGUAGCGUGUAUAGUGUCGUUGGAAUAGGUUUUAUCUGCGACAGGUGAGUAUUUACCUGUGCCCAUUUUUCUUGCCAUUCUGCAACAUAUUGCUCUUUUAGGUGUCUUCUGAUGUCACUUGCCACCAUGAAAUUUACAUCUGUCUGCUGGUUCGAUAUCGCUCUACGAGCGGCCUGGUCUGCUUGUUCGUUGCCAAAGAUACCAACGUGGCUAGGGACCCAAAUAAAUUCGAGUGAUUUACCUUGCUCCGAAAUACGAUGUAUAGCAGACUGUAGCAUGAUGUUCAUCGGAUCUGUGUUGUAGAUUUUCUUUAGCCCAUUUAGGAUAUUCAUACAGUCCGUAACAACUAAAAAUCGGUUGUUUUCCAUCAUUGAACAGUAUAGCACAGCCUGCCAUAGGGCAUACUGCUCUGCAAAGAUGGGCGAAGAGUUUGUAUUCAAGCUCCACUCGUAUGCUACGCCCUCGGUGACUAUAGCACUUCCCACCCCAUACGCGUUCUUGGACCCAUCCGUGUACACAGGUUGGUAUGAGGGAUAUUCGUUAAGGAGGUUCUCGUAUGCCUGCAGGUACCUUCCACGGGACAGUGUCCAGCAUCAUUUCAUGGAGCGGCGCUGGAGGGACUAUUCGGCGUUGCUCGAGAUGUUCCUGGAAUCUGAUACAGGCAGGGCGGGUAAUGUGUCCAAGGGCGGUACUCCCGACUCACAAUAUAAGCUGUUCGUCGGACUGGUAGGAAAAGCUCCAAGACAGUACCUUAUGGCUGUAUUAUGUAUGCUGUUCAAGGUUGCAAGUGUCGAUUUACGCGCGGACGAAUACACUAUGAACUCAUCCCUUACUAUUACGAGAUUUAAUCCUGCAAUGCUUUCACUGAGAAAAUUUCUAUAACACAAAUUUACUAACAAACAUCUAAAAAGGAACAUCAUCGUCACAUAAUGCAGUUGGGCAAAUCUACCUGCAGUGCAAAUAUUGACAAAUACUAAU